AUGCCCUAUUUUGAAUCCAACCCCGAAAUGGAAAGCGCGCAUAAUAAAAACACAGUGAUCUUCAAUGCUUCAAAACAAGAAUUGUUCAAAAUGAAUGAGAACUACAAGAGUUUUUGCCGCAAAUUAAAAUCAGUGGCCAAAGUUGUAUUAAACCGAGAAGAAAUUACUCCAGAUUUGCUAAAAAAUUGCAAUUUGUUAAUCUUACCAGCUUCUCAAGCGUCUUUCGAAGGGACUGAACUUAAAGUUAUGGAAAAUUAUGUUCAAGAAGGUGGUAAAAUGAUGGUGCUUCUCACUGAAGGUUCUCAAAACGAUCAGUGCAACAUACACAUUCUUCUGGAAAAUUUUGGGAUUGUUCCUAAUAUUGAUUGCCUAAUUCGUACCCAUUAUUAUAAAUAUUUCCAUCCCAAAGAGUGCUACAUUGUCGAUGGUCAAAUAAACACAACAAUAAAUAAGAAUAAAUUUGAUAUAAAGUUGAUUUAUCCUUUUGGAUGUACAAUGAAUGUUAUGAAGCCCUGUGUUGUCUGUUUCAAGAGUGGAUUUUCAUCAUUUCCAGUGGAUUGUCCUUUAGGAGCUUUGUAUUACAAUGAAAAAAGUGGAGGAAAGCUUGUUGCUAUUGGUUCAGGAGAUAUGUUUAAUGAUAAAUAUAUUGAUCAAGAAAACAAUGACAUGUUUAGAGAAAUAUUAUUGGAUUUUUUAAAUAAUUCAGAAACUCUACACUUUUUGCCAUCAGACCAUGACGAUCUUGAAGUAACUGACAGAAAUAUUGUGCCUGAAACAGCCGAAUUAGCUGAAAAAGCUAAACUUUGUCUCACAGAUGUUGUCAGUAAUACCUCUAUCGUCGACUACACAACACUAUUUAAUCAUCAAGUUCAUUCAAUAAAUACCCUUUUAGUUUUUGGUACAGUAAAAUUAUAUGAUGAAUUAGGCAUCAAGCAUGCACCUUUAAAAAUUAUAACACCAAAAUUUGAAGCACCAUAUCCUUCUCUUCAAGCUGCAGUAUUUCCGCCAUGUUUUAGAGAAUUGCCACCCCCUUGCCUGGAAUUAUUUGAUCUAGAUGAAGCAUUUAGCUCAGUUUAUUCGAAAUUGGCACAAUUUACAAAUAAAUAUAUGAUGUCAGACUUUAAUGCAUUAAAGCUAAAUGAUGAAAAAUAUAUCAGCGACUAUAUCAAUCAGUGCUUGAGAAUUAUUGAUUCUAACUCAGAGGAUAUGCCAUUCGAUUUUUUGUUCAACGUCGGAAAAGGGAUAUCAGAAUUUAGGAGUAUAGAUAAUAUUAAGUAG